AGGUGAGCGAGCGGUGGCGGUACAGGUGAGCGGAAGGGCGGCAGGCUCGGGCCCGGGGCCAGGGAGCAGAGCCCAACCGAACUGGGCAGUACGAACUAAGAAAUGGAUGGCUUAGAAUCGGACUUCAACCUGAAAGUCGUCUUAGUCAGUUUUAAGCAGUGUCUCAAUGAGAAGGAAGAGGUGCUGCUGGAUCACUACCUCGCCGGCUGGAGGGGGCUGGUCAGGUUCCUGAACAGCCUGGGAGCCAUCUUCUCCUUCAUCUCUAAGGAUGUCACCGCGAAGCUGCAGAUCAUGGAUCGUCUGCGCAGCGGCCCCCAGCGGGAGCCCUACAGCAGUCUGCAGUCCAUGGUGGCCUACGAGGUGAGCAACCAGCUGGUGGACCUGGAGCGGCGCUCCCGCCACCCUGACUCGGGCUGCCGGACGGUGCUUCGGCUGCACCGUGCCCUGCGCUGGCUGCAGCUCUUCCUGGAAGGCCUGCGCACCAGCCCCGAGGAUGCCCGCACGGCCGUCCUCUGCACGGACUCCUACAAUGCCUCUCUGGCGGCCUACCACCCCUGGAUCAUCCGCCGGGCUGUCACCGUGGCCUUCUGUACGUUGCCCACACGCAAGGUCUUCCUGGAGGCCAUGAACGUGGGGUCCCCGGAGCAGGCUGUGGAGAUGCUGGGCGAGGCCCUGCCCUUCAUCGAGCAUGUCUACAAUGUCUCCCAGAAACUCUACGCUGAGCAUUCCCUGCUGGAUCUGCCCUAAGGGCCAGCAGGCCAGGUGGGGCAGGUUUCCCCUGCAGAGCUGGGCUGGGGCAGCCGGCACCCAUCAGUCCCACCAUGGAGAUCUUUGAGUGCCCCAGGAAUGGGAAGAACACUCUCCCCUGCCGGCCAAGCCUGAUCAGACCAAGCCUGAUCAGAGCCACGGGCACAGCAUGGCCCUCUCGGGCUGUGCUUCUGGCCUAUGGCAUGUAGGCCCUGGCAAUCUACUCCGCCCUUAUCACCUUGCUCUGCCCAGGGGCAUCUUUGCUUUACCCUCAGCUGAGUUACAUAUGUGUCCAAUCAGGCCUCACCCAGACGGUGAGGUGUAGAAGGCAGGGCGGGGAAGGGGCAGGAAUCAGCAUUCAUGGAAAAGCCAGAGAAGCUGCCCGCUGCCUGUGAGCCAAGUCGUGAAAUGGGGCCAAGUCACAGGUCCCUGCGGCACAGAGACUUCAUCCUGCUUGCCAGCAAGCACCUUCAGCAGGUGCUUGUCCACCCCCGGCCCACCUCUGUGUCCGUACCCAGGUACCCUCGGGCCCCUGCACACAGGGCUAGUCGUCCCCAGGACAGGGAUAGAACCCUUGGGCAGCCCUUGGCAGUGUAGGCUCCCUCCCGGUCCCUCGCGUCCUUACUAGCCAGGGCCCCACAUGUCCUUGGCAGCAACAGCCAGGAACUAAAGCCCUGAGCAGAGGCCUGCCCUGCCUCUCUGCUCUCUCAUCAGCUGCCCCCCACGGCCACACUGUCAGUCGGGUCCCCCCCCCAGGCAGCUGCCUGCGAAUCUGCACAGCACCGCCCAGAGCUCUACAGAGCCCAGAGCUCAGGAGACCCAGGAUGAGAUAGCACACGGAGAGAGCCUGGACCGGAUGCCCAGCACGUGGGGGCCUGGCCUGGCCUGGCCUACUGGCUCUUCACUGUGAGCUCAGGCCCCUCGAUGCCAAGGGGACCGUAUCCACCAUGCAGCAGAUGUACAUACGUGUCAGCUUGCAGAGACCCUGGGAAAGUGUAAUUGUUUUUCCAACAUCAAUAAAGGCCACUUACAGAGCAGGCAGUGCACUCCA